AUGGCGAUGGGAUCUAUCGGCGAUACCCUUUGGGAUGUCGUCAUCUGCGGCACCGGACUGCAGCAGUCUCUGCUUGCACUAUCCCUCUCGCGAUCGGGCAAGAACAUUUUGCACAUAGACCCCAACGACUACUAUGGCGGGGCGGAAGCGGCUUUCAGCCUGCAAGAAGCUGAGUCCUGGGUUGACCAUCUGGCCACCGAGGACAAAGGCCUCUUCAGGUCCGCGUCCAUCACCAAGCCGGAUGUCGUGGGUCUUUCCUUCCCCAGAGCGUACUCGCUGGCACUGGCACCGCAGUUGAUCCACGCCCGCUCGGAGCUGCUAUCUCAAUUGGUUUCUUCCCGGGCGUACCGGCAGGUGGAAUUCCUCGCCGUCGGAUCGUUCUACAUCUUCAAAGCACCCAUCGACCCCGAACAGCAACCCAGCCUUGUCCGCAUCCCUUCUACCCGCGAAGAUGUCUUUUCAACCACUGCUAUAUCGGCCAAGGCGAAGCGCGGGCUGAUGAAGUUUCUACGGUUUGUGCUGGACUACGACAGUCCGGAGCAGAGAGAUGCCUGGAAGCCUUUUGCCGAUAAACCCUUGGUGGACUUCUUACAGGAGCACUUCAAGAUGGAUACCGAGCUCAAGACCUACAUCAUCACCCUCACGCUCUCGCUGGAUGGUCGGAUCAAUACCAAGGAUGGGUUGUUCAUCGUCCAUCGCCAUCUCACCUCUAUCGGUCACUUUGGCCCCGGCUUUGCUGCUCUCUAUCCCAAAUGGGGCGGUAUCUCCGAGAUUGCCCAGGUCGCCUGUAGAGCCGGUGCGGUCGGUGGUGCUGUUUACAUGCUUGGCGCUGGUAUCAAGUCAAUGGAUACUGCUACUGACGAGAUCGAGCUCGAGCUGACCAGCGGCGACAAGGUGAAAACCAAGUUGCUCGUGCGUGGAGAAGAAAGCGUUGGUGACGAGCCGAGCAUCAGCAGGCUAGUGGCCGUUGUUGAUUCUCCGCUCAAGACCUUGUUUGAGUCUACCGUCGACGGGGCGCCGACUCCCUGCGUUGCGGUCGUCGCUCUGCCUCCGGGCUCACUAACAACACCUGGCGAAGCAGACACUGACCCAGUCUAUGUUUUCGCUCACUCGAGCGGCACUGGCGAAUGUCCCAAUGGUCAGAGUGUCCUAUACUUGUCCACAAUGGCGACUCCCAACUCCAAGGAGAUCUUGAGUCGCUCUCUUGAAUCCUUGCUUUUGGCUGUGGACUGUGAUCGAGUCCCCCAGUGCUUGUAUCAGUUAUACUAUGAGCAGGCUGCUGGUGUGAAGCAAAGUCGACUUGAUGGGUUGAUUCUUGAUCUGCCAGGCCCAUCUCUUUCCCUCUUGAUGGACGACGCAUCGCUGAAUCAUGUCCGUGAGGCGUGGAAGAAGGUCGUUGGCGAUGCAGUUGAUGAUGCAGAGUACAUGGUCUUCACAGAUCGUGAACCCGUGGAUGAUGAUGAUGAUUAUGAAUGAUUCUUGGUGACGACCAUGGUAAGGGCUGGUCUCUUUACUAUCUUAUGCACCGCCCUCCCCACAUUCCGUAACAUAUUUGAAAAAGAUUAAUCUCAAUUUACUUCUAUCAUUCAAUUGCCAA